CAUAGAUUUAAGGCCAUUGCUCUGAAGAUUCUGACUUUCCUUCGUCUAUUGUGAGAAGUUAAGCUAAGUACGACUACAACUUGAGCUUUUGCUUAGGAGCAGAACGUAGCUCCGCUAUCUAUCGGUUUCAGUAUGUAUUAUUGGACCACAGAAUACUACACUUGUAAGGCGCGGGACUCAUCUUCUAACAGUAACAUUGCGAAAGCAUGAGGAGCGGUACAAGAGGCAAGACGAGGCGAACGAAAGCGACAGCUUUUUCUGCUUGGCGGGUCACAACAACUUGAGGAGAUCGCCGUCGGAAACGUCGCUCGAAGCGUCUGGGAGGAUUGAUGAUGAUCAAGACAAGCCUGAGGAUGAUCCGGCCGUCGAUGAGCAAACUACUGCUAGUAGUAGAAAAGGUCAUGGUCGACGCCGAC